GGAUAUCGAUAAUAAUACACGGAAACGCCAAGGGUGUCGGUAAAAACCCGGAAUCGAGGCUGCGCCUAGAGGGGGUAUUCAUGUCAUUUUCUUCUUCAGUAGUCAUCUAAUAUAAUAUCUGAUCAACCAUGUGUGGCGGAGAUAUCAACAGGUGGAAGAACAACCCAGCCAAACCAGGUGUACCCUACGUCCCAACCAACCUGGAACACUUGGCUAACACCAUUACACAUGGGUUCUGCAUCAUACCGUCCCUCUAUGCCAGCCGUGAUCUAGUCAAAGAAGCUAUUACUUCUUCCCAAAAGACCAGUGCAACGGUCUUUGGUCUGGCGCUCCUCCUUCUCUUCAGUGUCUCCACCCUCUUCCACCUUGUCUCCUGGUCGGGUCUUGCAAAAACCUUGAGGUUUUAUCUUCACAUAAGUGACAGAGCAAUCAUCUACUUAUAUAUAGCAGCUUCAUAUACACCUUGGUUGAUGUUAACUGAUGUUGGUUACUAUGGCGGCCAUUUACGAUGGAUCAUGUGGUUUCUAGCCGUCUUGGGAAUCUUUUAUUCAUAUUGCUUCUAUGAGAAAUACAAGAGACUGGAAACCGUUUUCUAUGUUAUCCUUGGUACAGUUCCUGCAUUGGUUGUUUUAGAAUCACCCCCUAAGAAUGGUAUGUACGAGCUCGCUUUGGGAGGCAUCCUCUACAUCUCGGGCGUGGUGUUCUUCAAGAGCGAUGGCAUCAUCCCCUGCGCCCACGCCAUCUGGCAUCUCUUUGUUGUGAUGGGGGCCUACACGCACCUCAGCGCCAUCCAGAGGUACCUGAUCGGCUGCAGGGUGCCCGGUGUGGACCCUGAGCCCAGCCACCUACCCGACUGCAUCACUGGAGGAUCAUUAUGAUGUCAAGUGUCAGCAGUGGGAUAGUGGCAGGAGUGGGAUAGUGGCAGGAGUGGGAUAGUGGCAGGAGUGGGAUGGUGGCAGGAGUGGGAUAGUGGCAAGAGUGGGAUAGUGGCAGGAGUGGGAUAGUGGCAGGAGUGGGAUAGUGGCAGGAGUGGGAUAGUGGCAGGAGUGGGAUAGUGGCAGGAGUGGGAUAGUGGCAGGAGUGGGAUAGUGGCAGGAGUGGGAUAGUGGCAGGAGUGGGAUAGUGGCAAGAGUGGGAUAGUGGCAAGAGUGGGAUAGUGGCAAGAGUGGGAUAGUGGCAGGAGUGGGAUAGUGGCAAGAGUGGGAUAGUGGCAGGAGUGGGAUAGGAUACAAUUCAGCAUAGUCUCUAGCUGUUCUACAUCCUUUAAAGCACAAGUCCACUCCACUGAAAAGUUGAGCUGAUUAGAUAGAUAACAAUUUUAAAAGCCCACAUAUAACUUGGUUUUGGAAAAUGGUGCUCUUAUUUUUAAUAAUUUUGUUUAAUGAGUAAAAAACAAGUAAAUGAUUGAGCCGGUUCUCCCCACAAUGUAUUUUUUGUGACAUAGGGUCCUCACAGCACAGAUUCAUAAUGUAACCAAAUUUAAUGCAUACAUCUUUGUGCAGUGCUUCGGUACAAACUAUUUCAUUCACCUGAUAAGAAUAAGAGUAUUUCCACAGUCAGAAUGCAAACUGCAUAUAUUUAGUGUUGCUAGGUAGGGCAAGACAUAUUUUUGUCCUACCUGGCAACGACUAAUGUUGCGUUUCGGUUCUAUUGUCUAUUGAAAUACUAUUAUUGUUAUGAGGUGAAUGAAAUAGUUUGUAUCGAGGCACUUCACAAAGACGUAUGCAUUAAAUUUGGUUACAUUACAAAAAUAGCCUAUUGUCAGAAUGUAUACUGCUGGCACUUUCGUUGUGAGGAGCAUACGUCACAUCCGUGCAGCAAUUUAAAUGUUUUGCUUGAAAUAACCAAAACAAAAAUUGCUUUUAAAAAUCACCUGAUUGAAGUUCGCCCAUGGUAGUUGGCAGUUGUAAUCUUUGAUUUAUUUACAACAUGCUAUAAUUUUUGAAAAUUGGAGUGUACUUGGGCUUUAAUAUUUGAGAUCCUCAGACCAGCCAUGUACAUGUACAUAAAUUCAUCACUGGAUCAUAGUGAUGCAGGGUAUGCUCUGUCGUCUAUUUCAGUAAUGACUCAAGUUUAUCUGUGUCUAUAUGUUGUCUGAAUCUAAACCAUAUCAACAUCUUAACCCCCCCCCCCCCAACCACAAAUCGCUGUUUUGAUAGAAUUAUUAUUUGGCAUGAAACUUCCAUGGAGUUUGACCAGCUCCAAAAUAUGCCUAGUUUCUGUUAAAGUUUGCAGUAAUGUAUCUGUGGAAGCGCAAUAUACAUUUGUAGAUAUCUCAUAAUGUUUAAUGUAUUGGUCAUAGGAUCUUAGAGAUCACAGGGUCCUGUAUAUUUGUACAACAUUUUUAUAUUGCAAAUGAUUGCAUAAUAUUAGACUGUAUACGUUCAAAGUUUAAUGUAUAUAAAUAAGGCUCAUUUGUUAUGUUGACACUUGACAGGCACAGACUGAGCACUUUAUAUUUUUAGACUUUGUAUUAUUUCACCAUAUCUUGCUAACAUUGUCCGUACUUAAUUUGAAUCACUGCUGUCUUAGAAUUACAGUCAACUCUGCAUAACUCAAGUCUGUUGGGAACGCAAAAAAUAGUUUGACAUUUGCAAAAUCCUCUUAGGAACUGAAAAUAACGCAUGUUUUGGUCAAAAAAAUUGAUUUGGCCUUCAGAAAAUUUAACUUGUGCGACUUUGAAUAAUGCAGAGUUAAUUGUAUAUGCAGGGAUUGUAGAAAAUAAAAAGUUUCGUUUAUUUACUUGACAGUUUUAUAUAACAUGAUAAUUAAGCUUGACUUGAACAAUUUGACUAUAUGUACACUAUGUAACUCAUUCUUUUCUUGCCUAUGUAUUUGAUAGAUCUGUAAUACUACUACUAAUAAUAAUAUGUCUUGUUUACCCAGGGUAGCCUCAUCAGUAUUCAUACUGUUCUCUCUAAGGGCCCUGCAAUCAUAUCAUUACCCCGGCUUUAACCGAGCUACCAUGAAAAGGUGCUCAGGCAUUCAAGGAAUUUCCUCCUGCCGAGUACCCAUUUACCUCACCUGGGUGGGGUAUGGCAAAUGUAGAUUAAUGUCUUGCCAAAGGACAUAUGUAGUCAUAAGCGCACGUGAUAUUCAGUUUUACUUAAAUGUUACUAAUUGAAAAUUCCAAAUGUUGGCAGCUAUGUGUAGAUAAGAUCGAUAAGUUUUUUUAGAUAUAAAACAUUUAUACGCCUAGCCUUGCAAUAUUUCAUUGUGCAAUUUAACAGCAAACGAAGGAAGGUAUGUUUAAAUAAUACUUUGAAAUAUAUAUUUUACAAUUUACUGAAAAAUGCUGAAAAUUGGUGCUUGAUAAGGUAAAGUUUUUUCAGGUGCAAAGAGACACGUUUGCAAAGGUUGUAAUAAUAAAAAUGAAUACGUCAAAUAUAUUUUCAAAUUAUGGAGUUGAUACUCUUAUGUGUAAAAAGUUCAUAUGGGAAGUAAUUCAAUGAUCAUUCUUCUCGUUGAGGAGGGUAGUAGAUGCAUUAUAUUUUAAGAAAAAGAAUCUGCACCAAAGAUUUCAUUUGAUGAUUUAUUCAAGUCACCUUUAAUACACACUGCUAGGGCGACAUUUGUACCCAUUGUAGUAUUUUGCUUCAACUUGAAUAUAUUUGUGAACUGAUUUGUUACAAAUAUGUAAACCUUGGUUUUUUAUAAAAGAUAUAUAUAAAGAUAUUAAAAGUUAGAGUAUGUGAAUUCCAGUUUUCUUUACCUUGUGAAUUAGAAGUUUGUGAACUUCAUCAUCAUUUGAACAUUUACACCUCUGAAUUCAAAAUCUGUAUUGAAGUUGUGAUAUGUAUGUAUGUACACACUAGAUUUAAAGAUUAAAAUCCUUUAUAUAUUUGUGAUAUCCUGUGAAAUCAUAUUCAAAAUGUUAUAAAGAUAGUUAUUUAUUUUCAUGAUGCUGUUCAUUAUCAUGUCCAUUGAAGCAACAGAUAUUCUCCAUAAAUAACAUUGUCACUAAUUGUAAUAACUGUGUUUUCCGAAGGCUGCUUGUAUAUACAUUCUCUAUGUAUAGAAGAUCAACGGUUGUAAAAUAAUUUUCUUUUUGUAAUGUACACCUUACUUCAUAUUCUACCAAUUCUAAUUAUUAUUUUUUCUUUGUAUCAAACAAAAAUGUGCUCUCAUAAUUACAAUUCUGAAUCAGCAAAUUUCCAAACGACUCCCUACCUCAAAGAGAAGGUCUGGGGCCUGUUUCACAGAACUUGUCAUCAGUGACAAAUGACAGUUUUCGUUAUAAGCUAGUGAAAUCCUUGCUUCUGAUUGGUUAUCAGCAGAUUUGUGACUGAUUUGUGUAAUUUGUCAUCGUAAAAAGGCUCUGUGAAACGGGUCCCUGAUGUUAUUAGUUGCUAACAAAUGCUUAUUUCAUAAACCUAACGAUCAUAGUGUGUGUGAUGUAGAAUUUGAAUAAAAUUGUGAACACCGAAUCUUGAAGGAA